UAUUAAAGAGAUAAUGUAAAUUCUAUUAAGUCACUUUGUUUCAGUAGAUCCCAUCCGCUGCUGAGCACAAGUCUCUCUGCAGCGCGGAAACUUGACGUAGAGCAUUCUGAUUGGACGACGCCUCUUCUGCUGAUACUUAACCAAUCAGCGGAUAGAUGGUGUGUAUAAAUGCUGCUGGUCGCUGUAGCGGCCUUAUUUCUCCUUGACUCAAGAAGAGCGAAAUACAAGAUGUCUGGACGCGGAAAGACCGGCGGCAAAGCCAGAGCUAAGGCCAAGACCCGCUCAUCCCGUGCGGGGCUCCAGUUCCCAGUGGGCCGUGUUCACAGGCUGCUGAGGAAAGGAAACUACGCCGAGCGCGUCGGCGACGGAGCUCCUGUCUAUCUGGCGGCGGUGCUCGAGUACCUGACCGCUGAGAUCCUGGAGCUGGCUGGAAACGCUGCCCGCGACAACAAGAAGACCAGGAUCAUUCCCCGUCACCUGCAGUUGGCCGUCCGCAACGACGAGGAGCUCAACAAGCUGCUGGGUGGAGUCACCAUUGCACAGGGUGGUGUUCUCCCCAACAUCCAGGCUGUCCUGCUGCCCAAGAAGACCGAGAAAGCAGCGAAGGCCAAGUAAAUCUUUACAGCUAAAACCCACAAACCCAACGGCUCUUUUAAGAGCCACC